AUACUUUUUAGCUAACAGUUAGCAUGUAUUUUUGGGGAAGUCCAGUAAUGUUGCUGCCAAAAUAGAUCCGAAAGGAAAAGUUAUUCAACCAUACUGUGUGGAGGACAAGAGCCCGUACAUCCUGUGACAGGAUGUUACUAAAAAUGCUUCUGGGCGUCCUGUGCUGUGUCGGAGCCUUCGCCACAGAGAACAUCGCGGAGCAGCUGAGUCCUCCUCAGCUGCUGCUGGUGUCUUUCGAUGGUUUCAGAGCGGACUACCUGCGGAGGUUCCCCAUGCCCAACCUGAAGCUCCUGUACAGCCAAGGGAUCCUGGUGGAGCAGCUCACCAACGUCUUCAUCACCAAGACCUUCCCCAAUCACUACAGCCUGGUGACAGGGCUGUACGCUGAGUCUCACGGUAUCCUGGCCAGUAACAUGUACGACCCCGUCAGCCACGAGCACUUCCACAUCAACAACGACUCCAACCCCAUGUGGUGGAACGAGGCUCGGCCCCUCUGGAUCUCAGCACUGGACUCCGGAUACAAGACGGCGGCCAUGAUGUGGCCCGGCUCCGACGUGACUAUUGGAAACCGCACAGCGACACACUUCCUUCCCUACAACCCUCAAGUGACGUUCAAGCAACGAGUGGGGAACGUGACAAAGUGGAUGUUAGGGGACAAAAAGGAGAAAGGAGUGAUGUUUGCAGCGCUCUACUGGGAAGAACCGGACCGCUCGGGUCACAUCUUCGGCCCUGACAACGACACCGCCAUGAGCCAAGCCCUGAAGGAGGUUGACGACAACAUUGGCCUGCUGAUUUCUGAGCUGAAGACAACCGGGCUCUGGGAUCGCGUCAACAUCCUGAUAACCAGUGACCACGGCAUGACGCAGUGCUCGGCCCAGCGCCUCAUACAGCUGGACAACUGCCUCCACCCCGACAACUACACACUGGUGGACCUCUCUCCUGUCACAGCCAUCAUCCCACUGAAAGAUCCAGAGGCCGUCUUCAAACUGCUGGAUAAGUGCCACGAACACAUGAAAGCUUAUAAGAAACCCGACAUCCCUGAUAGGCUGCACUACAGGAACAAUGACCGCGUCCAGCCAAUCAUAUUGAUCGCUGACGAGGGCUGGACCAUAGUGCUGCGAGGCGACGAGCUACCAAGAUUGGGCGAUCACGGCUACGACAACUCCCUACCCAGCAUGCACCCCUUCAUGGCCGCGUCGGGCCCCAGCUUCCGGCAGGGUUAUCGAAUCAGCAGCUUACAAAGCGUGGACAUUUACCCGCUGAUGUGCAAACUGCUGUCGCUGCCGCCGCAGCCCAAUAACGGCACGAUGACCCGCGCUCGCUGCCUAUUGGCUGCUGAGAGCUGCUGGGAUGUCCCAUUGGUCAUCGGCCUGGUGGUGGGAGUCCUGCUGAUGCUCACUGCUAUCACUGUUUCAAUAUGUCGUCUUCCUCACGCAAAAAGGCGUCUGCUGCACCGGAUCCAAAAGCUAAUAGUGCUAGCCCGGCUAAAGGUGCUGAGGCAGAGCCGCUAGCGCAUCACAAGGUGAUGAGGCCGCCAUUCUACAGGCCAUUCAAUCUCUCAGAGAAGACCUGCUGAAGGAAAUUGAUGACAACGCCGAGAUGCAGUCUAAAGAAUUACGACGUGAAAUAAGCCAACUGAGGGACGAGCUGAGAUCCGCCAUUGACCGCGUCAGCAGCCGCACCAAGGCUUUGGAGGACCGGGUCGAGAGCCUGGAUACUGCCGCUAAUGAUCACUCGGACCUCAUUACCACUCGAACGAGACGUGCAGCAGCUAAAAAAGGACAUAAAUCUUCUCUGACAGGAGUGAGGACCUGGAGGCGCGGUCUAGGAGGGGCAACCUCCUAGACCGCGCCGGGAGGCAGGGAAGAACCCAACAGACUUUGUAGCUAAACUACUCCAGGAAACGCUGGGCUUAGAAAAAGAGCCACUACUAGACAGAUCCCAUCGCACCCUACGGGAACGGCCCCAGGAGGACCAGCCACCCCGCGCCUUUGUGGUGAGAUUUCACUAUUACCGGGAGAAGGAAGCGAUCCUCCGCAAGGCAGCCACGGCCACAGAUCUGACAACGUCGCACGGAGACAGGAUCAGAGUUUUCCCCGACUACACCCAAGCAGUCGCAAAGCAGAGAGCUGCCUUCAGGGAUGCGAAAGGCAUGCUCAGAGGCUGUGAUGGUGUCAAGUACGGAGUAGAAACCACUUAGUAGAAAAUAUCACUCGAACAACCCUGUAGUCAAUAGCUCUCUUAGGAUAUGGUCACAGUUCAGGAGGCAUUUUGGAUAUAGCAAAUCGCAAUCCGGCUUUCAAACCAGCCCUGAUAGACUCUGCUUUCCACCUGUGGUCCCGGAAGGAACUUAAGUGUGUUGCUGAUCUGUUCUACGAAGGGGUAUUCACAUCCUUUGAACAUUUAGUCAAAGAAUAUGACAUCCCAAGGAAUCAUUAUUUUAGAUAUUUACAAAUUCACGAUUUUGCAAGAAAACAAUUUCCCUCCUUCCCGGCCGCCCCACCUGAUGGAUGGAUGGAAGACUGCCUUGGCCUCAAACCUUGUCAGGGAGGCUAUAUCUUAAAGCUAUAGAAUAUUAUUCAAGACAUCUCUAGCCCCUCCCUUAACCACCUUAGGGGUGCCUGGGAAUAAGAAAUGGGCAUAGAACUAACCGAUGAGACCUGGCGGUCUGCGACUGACAUACAUAAAUCCUCCGUCUGUGUGAGGCAUGGAGUACUUCAAUUUAAAGUGUUCCAUCGAUUACAUCUGUGCAGGAGCAGGCUUGCCAGGCUGUACCCUAAUGUCGAUCCCACAUGCCAGAGGUGUCAUGGUGCUACCCUAUUGCACAUGUUUUUCUCCUGUCAGUCCAUUGCCCCAUUUUGGUCUUCUAUAUCUGAAACGUUUUCAUUGAUGUAUGGCCAGAACAUACCACCAAAUCCCAUAAUAGCUGUGUUUGGAGUAGCCCCUGAGGGGGUCUCCCUCUCUAAUUGCCAGUCACACUCACUUGCGUUUGCAACCCUUCUUGCCUGCCGUCUAAUCCUCCUCAAAUGGAAAGACCGGACUCCACCAUCUCACGCCCACUGGGUGAGGGAUGUGAUGGCACAUUUGCAGUUGGAGGAGCUGAGGUAUCGUAGCCAGGGACGUGUUAACAAAUACUACAAGCUCUGGCAGCCUUUCCUUGACUAUUUUAACAAACUCCCCUGUGCCAGUCUGACUGCAUGAAGCAGUCGACCUUCCCUUUUAAUUUACUGUUUAUUUUAUUGGAUUGCAUUAUUUAUUUUAUUUUAAGUGCAUCUCUGUGGGUGUGUAUGAAUAUGUGUAUGUUUUUGCAAUGACAUUUUUAUUUGUGGUACGAAUGUAAUUCAAUUCAAUUGUAUAAUUACACAUCUGCAUUUUCAUGUGCCCUGUUCUGUUUUGAUAUAAGUGAAAAUCAAUAAAGAAAGGUGGAAUAAUAAA